AGCUUGCUGUGGUGUAAAGUCGAACAUUGUGGUCUCUGUCCCCAGCCGACUUAUCUAUGUGUAGCAUGUAAACAGGAUGGCUGUCCGCCGUGCGGUGACCAGUUUCAGAGGUCUUAACCGCUUUUUUAACGGGCGGAGAGUGAAACCCGCUAGCUUGAAUCCGGACCUUUUGGCGCUGUUUGAGUGUUAACUCAACUAACCUUACAGUUAGCUGCGAAUCGCGAAGCAUUUUUAAAGAGAAUAGUUACGUCAGUGUGCUUUAGUGGGAACCAGGACUUUGCUUGUUUCGAUUUAAUCCGUUUUAUCCUGUUUGAGCCGCGAUACGUCAACUUGGCCGCCAUAUUGGACAUGGAUAAACGAGCCCUUGCACUAUUGUUACAAUGGCUCUGAAACUAAUGAAAGUUAUAGAGUUUUGACUUUAAGGCUGAAUUGUUUUUGCAAUAAUUCACAAAAAUACUCUCAAAAAAAGGUCUUACAGUUUUGAGCAAUGAAGAAACAAUUCAUUGGCGGGCCUGACCUUCAGUGUCCUAGAUUUAACCAGUGACCGAAUCUUCCGCCACACCUCUGCGUGUUCCUGGUUCAGUUUGCGUUCUGCGCUUUAAGCUGCCCUGUCUCUUUAAGACGUUCAUGUUACCGGAAGUGUGAGGGGUGUUUCCAGCUGAUCCGAAUAACAGAAGGAGCAGGAUCUCCCUCAGCAGACCGACCUGUCUACUUUUUUGUCGGCCACCGCAGCGGAGCGCACUGGUCUGACCUCCAGCGGUCUCUAAGCGCCAAGAUUAGAAUCUUCACCGAAGUAGAUUUGAAGAGGAUCCGGGGGAUAUCCCGGUGUCCCCCUUCACUGGUCAUCGUUGUAGCUGUCAGUUAGCUGCCGUGAACCGGUACCGUGGGCUGCUUUUAGCCCGGACUGUCAUGAACCCAGUCCGGAGAUGGCGUCCUUCCCCGGUUUGUCUAAGGCUGUCGGGCCCGCAGAGGAGGAGAACGGAGAGCUGGACGGUUCCCUGCAGCAGAUGUUGAAGGCCAUCGCCGACGAGAGGAACCGACUUAACAGCCGACAGGAGAUGAGCGGACUGGGCUGUUUUAAAGAUGACCGCAUCGUUUUCUGGACCUGGAUGUUCUCCACGUACUUCAUGGAGAAGUGGGCGCCUCGGCAGGACGACAUGCUGUUCUAUGUCCGCAGGAAGCCCGCCUACGUCAGCGCAGACAACAGCGAGGGCAAAAAGGUGGAGGUGGAAGUCUACAGGAGGGACUCUAAGAAGCUUCCGGGUCUCGGUGAUCCCGACAUCGACUGGGAGGAAAGCGUCUACCUAAAUCUAAUCCUGCAGAAGCUGGAUUAUGUCGUAACGUGUGCCGUCUGCACGCGCUCAGACGCCGGAGACAUCCACAUCCACAAGAAGAAGUGUCAGGAGGUUUUCGCGUCUCCAAGCAAACAUGCCAUGGACAGCAAAGGAGAGGAGUCAAAGAUGAGCUAUCCCAACAUCUUCUUCAUGAUUGACAACUUUGAAGAGGUGUUCAGAGAUAUGACCGUUGGUGAAGGCGAGAUGGUGUGUGUGGAGCUGGUGGCCAGUGAUAAGAGCAAGACCUUCCAGGGUGUCAUCUUCCAGGGAUCCAUCCGUUACGAGGCCCUCAGGAAGGUUUACGACAACCGGGUGAGUGUCGCUGCUAAGAUGGCCCAGCGGAUGUCCUUCGGCUUCUACAAGUACAACAACAUGGAGUUUGUGAGGAUGAAGGGACCGCAGGGGAAGGGUCACGCCGAGAUGGCCGUCAGUCGGGUGCCGACGGGGGACACUUCUCCCUGCAACACCGAGGAGGACCAGGUGUCCCCCAUGCAUGAGAGGGUGACGUCUUUCAGCACUCCUCCGACCCCGGAGAGGAACCGUCCCUCUUUCUUCUCACCGUCCCUGAGGAGAAAAGUGCCCCGAAACAGGAUUGCAGAGAUGAAGAAGUCCCACUCCGCCAAUGACAGUGAGGAGUUUUUCAGGGAGGAGGAAGAUGAAGAUAUUCACACCGCCACCAACCUUCGCUCGCGCUCGCUGUCGGGAACCGGCCGUUCGCUGGUGGGCUCGUGGCUGAAGCUGAACCGGGCCGAGGACUACUUCCUGCUGUACUCCCACCUGACCUACGUCACGCUGCCGCUGCACCGCAUCACCGCAGGUCAGAGCGCAAAAUGUACUGCAGCAACACACUGCCAUCUGCAGACGGAGAGCUGCCACAGCAGCUUUAAUGAAUUUUAAGAAGUGAAAUUCAUGUAUGAUACAGAUUCAUUCCAGUGAUAUACGUGAAGCUUCUCUUUGUGUCAAUUUUGAUGGCAGACAUUCACUCUCGCAUAAGAAGGGGAAGCCACAAAAGGGAACAGAGACAUUGCUAAGGAAGCUAGUUGUUCUGAGUACUAUAUCCAAGCAUGUUAUUGGAAAGCUGAGUG